AUGUCAGAAUCUAGAAAAUAUAAAAUUACUGGAAAUCAGGUUGUAUCACAACUGUUCAUUUUUGAUUGGAGUAUUAAAACUCGUGAAAAGUUUUUAGAAUUGUUUAAAGAUGGACAUUCUCCUUCAUCUGCAUUAUAUACUCAUGAGAAUAAACUUUACCUUAAUGCUGUAAAUGAACAGGAAUUGUUAAAAUUACUUGUGAAUAGGGUUGACAAUCUGGAUUAUGGUUAUAUUUCUAAUCUUUUUCAGCAAUAUCGUGAAACUAUAUUUGGCGGUUGCAAUGGUAAACUAAUAUUUGAACAUUUAGUAGAAAUUGUCAAAGAUUACAAUAAUUCAAAUUGA